GUAUUCUGAACCUGCAGUUGUAGUCAUAGCUGUUGUAGUGAGACAAAGCCACCUACGCCUAGCUCUCGCCGCACACACGAGUCACGGCAGGCUCAUGCAUACGCGUUGGGCUUGGAAAUGCUCUCGCGUUGGAUAAACUACUGCGUGGUCCCAAAUUUCAUCUGUUGAGCAGAAAUCACCGAGCCGACCAUUAAGUUCAGGCUUCUCCCCCUACCACCAUCCCCGACCUAUCGACGUGUUCGCCUAGGCAUAUAGAUCAAGGCUCGACUGCUCAGAGCUGAGGUGUCCAGCUUGCUUGUUUCUUCCCCAGUAGGCCAUCGCGCCCUCGAUGUCCGCAUCUCGCGCCGCGCUCAGGCUUCAACAAGUCGCUUCGCACACCGGCGCUCCUGCGCCGCUACGAGUUGCUGUCAUCGGCUCUGGAAAUUGGGGCACAGCUAUUGCAAAGAUUGUGGCGGAGAAUACUCAAGAUGAAGCCCUUGGUUUUGCUAGGCAAGUCAACAUGUGGAUGUUCGAGGAGACAAUCGACUAUGAAGGCCGCCAGCGCAAACUGACAGAAGUCUUCAAUGAAAGAAAACAGAACGUCAAGUACAUGAAGGGAAUCGAUUGUCCCGAUAACCUCGUCGCCAUGUCCGAUUUGACAAAGGUCGCAGAGGUCAGUGAUGUGUACAUCAUCGUGAUCCCCCAUCAAUUUGUAGACAGCAUUUGUCGACAGAUGCUGGGACAUGUCAGUCGAUCAGCUGUUGCACUUUCAUGCAUCAAAGGCAUCCACGUUGACAAGGACGGCGUCACCUUGUUUUCGAAUGUCAUCUCUCAAAGGCUGGGAAUUUACUGCGGUGCAUUGUCAGGUGCCAAUAUCGCCAGUGAAGUUGCAGAGGAGAAGUACUCUGAAACCACCAUCGCCUUCAAUCCAGCGCACGGUAAUUCCUUCCCUCAUGCUGAUCAGCGCAUGGAUACUGCUAGGAUGAAAUCCUUGUUUCAGCGCCCAUAUUUUCGCAUUGGCACGAUUGACGAUGUAGCCGGCGUUUCUUUGGCUGGAGCUCUGAAAAACAUCGUUGCGGUUGCCGCCGGGCUGGUGGAUGGACUGGGUUACGGCGAUAAUACUAAAGCUGCUAUCAUGCGAAUUGGUCUCGUCGAAAUGUUGCACUUCGGCAAAGUGUUCUUUGGCAACGAGGUACGCACCGCAACAUUCUUUGAGCACUCAUGCGGCAUCGCCGAUCUCAUCACAAGCUGUUCGGGAGGGCGCAAUCGGAAGUGUGCAAUGGAAUUUGUGAAGACCGGAAAGAGUAUGGAGCAGCUCGAGAAGGAGUUGCUGCAAGGACAAAAGCUUCAAGGAGCAGCCACUUCCAAAGAAGUACACGAGCUGCUCACUAAUCGCAACAUGGUAGGGCAAUUUCCGCUGUUUACUGCGGUUUACCGCAUUGUCUACGAAGGAGAGUCAGCAGAGAAGCUCUGGCUGAUGUUAGGCAGCAAAUCGUGAGGUACACAUUUGCCAUUUACGGCGUCUACCCUGCAAUUGCUGCUCACCCGGUGAAAUCGCAGCAGUCGUACUUGCGCAAGCUUGGCGCUAUGAUAGCUCUCGAAUCAGACACCGCCAUAGAUGGGUUGUACUUCCACAUAUCAAUAAACUUAUCGAUCGCCGAGCGCCGACUGUAUGUGUAUGCACUACAGGCCAGCUGGGGUCUCAAUUCUUGUUCGGAGAGUUUCAGUAUGGCAAUUCUCCAUUCACACGGGGCACAAUAGACUCACGAGUCUCAAUAGUCCCUCCUCCACAGCAGCUGUUGGCUUGACGUUUGAUAGGCAAACAGUUUUUGUGAAGUUCAGCAAUAGCUAAGAGAAAGCCGACUGCAUCGGGUCAUCAAUCACGAGAGAAUGAUGAUGCAGGCAGCAGCCCGUGGCGUAUGGCUUCUGUAUUUCGUAGGUUGCAACUUGCAUCAUGAUUCAUGAGUG